AUGAUCUGCGCCCUCCAAUACGCCGGCAACCGCCGCCACACCAUGCGCACCAACCUCAUCGAAGUCGACGGCGUGGCCAUGAAUCGUGUCCUCCGGGGGUCGCGGCUCUGUGAGCUUUUGCGCGGGGCGAGGGUGCUGGAGGUGCUUGAUGAGAAGGCGCGGGAAAGGGCGUGUGAGGACGGGUGGUACGGCGCCUCGAUCCUCUUAUCACGUGCGCUGGAUGAGGACGCGGAUGUGGUUCUCGCGCUGCGGAUGAACGAUGCAACGUUGCCUACGAAGCAUGGUGGGCCUGUGAGAGUCGUCGUGCGGGGCGUAGCGGACGCGAGGACCGUGAAGUGGGUUGAUAGGAUAAUGGUGCAGAUGGUUGAGAGUGCGAAUAUCUACCAGAUGCUGAGGAUGCGGAGGGCGCGGGGGUGGUGGUGGUAUAGGACGCCUGCGCUGCUGGUGAUUGGUAUUGACAGCGUGGUGGGGGUUCUGGUGAAUGGGAGGACGGUGUGGAGGGACAAGGAGGGGAUGGUCGCGGUGAAGGGGCAUGCGUUGCCCUCUGGAAGUAAUGCGCCGGUGGAGAAGGUUGAGGUAUCUGUGGAUGAGGGAAUGAGUUGGGUGGAGACCGAGAUCUUGGAGGUGCCGGAGAAGGUGAAGGGUAGGGGAAGAUUGCUCUGGGCUUGGUCACUGUGGACGGCGAAGGUCAAGAUGGAGAAAGGAGAGAAAACAAGGAUUCUAAGCAGAGCAACAGAUGGAGCUGGGGUGGUGCGACUGGAAGUGUGGGAUUGGGACUUGAGAAGAUUUGCAUAUAACGGUUAUGGUGAGGCGAGUGACUUGACCGUCAGGUAG